AUCAUCGGAUGUUGAUUUCCAUAGUAACGAAAAAGUUCGAAGUUUCAUCGAACUAGCUAGCGCUAAUUUUUUUGGUAGCCAAAAAUUCUUCUCCUUUAAUAGAGUUACACUUGAGUUCGGAUUUUGUAGUCCGGGUAUUAGCGUAAAAACAUAUUGUGCUUUGACGGUUUGUGUAGGAGUAAUAUAACCUGUGUUUUAUGGCGAAAUCAGCAUUUAUUUCAAGCUAGCGCUAACUGAAAACAUCGCCUCCACUUUGUGUUAAACGUGAGUGGCUGUCGACAUGUAAGACAAGUAAACAUUAGGUUAUACCAACUGGAUAUUUUGUUUUUAAACACGUCAUUUAUCAGUCAGCAAAAUGAAUAGAACAAGUGUUUGCAGCAGCCGCCGCAAUGCCACAAAGACAGAUCUCAGUUUGCUGCUUGAGUGUUUGAAGUUUCAGAUGAAAAGUCCGGAUAUACAGAAACAAGCCCUUCUCACCAUUCACUCUAUCUGUGACAAAAGUGAGGAUAAUGUGGACCUGCUAAGAGAACUGGGAGGUGUGGUGUUCUUGUAUAAUCUUUCCAAAUCCAGUAAUGUUCAAACAGAAGUGAAGGCUGCAGCUUUCUACACACUUGGCACUUUGGCUGCAGCUAACGUAUACUGCAAGAAUUCUCUGUGCAGAAAAGACAUUUUUACAGACAUUGCCAGCCUGUUGAUGAAAGAAGACCUCUCACUGACACAGAAGAGGGUGUCUGUCUAUUUGCUGUUUGUGCUGGUAGCCAACAACAAGUCAGGACAAACUUUAGCCACAUCCACUGGCUGCCUAGAGAUUCUACUGGACCUUUUCAGGAGCAAUUUCCCCCUCUCCUCUACAAAUGAUUUCAGAACUGUUAGUCAGAGCUACCAGCUUUGGGCGUCGGUGUCUAGUGCUUUAUGUGGAUGCGUCAACAAUCCUCAGAAUGAGGAAGGUCAGCGUAUCUGUGUGGCAGCAUUUCCCAUUGUAAAACACUGGCUUCAGCAGAUUUCUCCACACUGCACGGAAGUAUUUCAACCCAUAUGUUCAUUCAUUUCAAUGACAGUUGCCAACAACUCGUUUGUUCAGGAGAGUUUUUCAGUCUCUGGGGGUUUGGAUGUGCUGACGCUCACACUGGUUGGUGUUGCCUCUGCUGCAGAAACAAGCGUAUUGUCCUACCAGCUGUCUGUUAUUAUAGCCAAGACCCUGUCAGCUUGCAUCACUGAUAACCCAAAUCUGGCUUCAGGUCUGUCUCAGUAUAGCGUGGUGUCCCACCUCUUCUCUCUGCUCACAAGCUCACACACGGACCCCGAUGACAUACUCUCGGUUUUGCUUUGCAUCGGGCUGUGCACUGAGGCUUCAGAAAAUCACCAGUCCCAGUUGGUGCAGCGUGGAGGCCUGCCGAUCAUAAUCACCUUCCUCACAGAGGACACAAACGAGGAGGUUAGGAAGGCCGCUGCUUUCAUCUUGCAGACGUGCAAACAGGCCACCUUGAGCUUAGAAGUACACGGUCUGGUGCAAACACAGGUUGGAAACGAAGAGCCCCUUAGAGACAUUGGAGGCUUCCGAGCUGCAGCCAGAGAAAUGUUGCAAAGGAUUGAAGCACUGGAGAAGAAUCAGCUGAAGGAAGCUGACGAUGAGCAGGAAGACGUUAACGAUUCAGAUUCAACUGAAGGUGAAAUUCCUAUGUCUCAGUUCCCAGUUGUACUUCCACCACAGAGAAGGGAACCCAUCAGACCCAGCCAAACACAGAAGCGUGUACAGAAAGGCUGCGACGGCUGCAUUAACCUUCACAAAUGCACAACUGAUAAACACAAUAUUAGUCAACAGAAGGGAUUUAGGAAAUCACAAACCAAUCAGUGGGAUCUGAUGUGUUCAGAGGACCAGGAAGGAGACCCCAUGUCCUCUCUUGUGUCGCCACUAGAGAGCAGCAGCGAGUCACACCUCCCAAACAAUCAGCUGUUUAGACGGCCGUUAGCAGUGUGGCAGGCCAAAUCAGAAAAGAUGGCCUGUUCUGACAAUUUCCAGAAGAAUGAGUCAGCCUGGAUGGAGAAGAUUCCAAGGAAAGGACACCCAGUCUCUCACACCCGGUGUGCCGGUUGUGUGCUGUCUUUUGAAGAAGUGACCAGUCGCACUUUUGCAUCUCUUCAAAGCUCCUGCCACAACACCUGUGACAUGCACCUAGUCCUCAGAGAGGCCACAGAGCGAUUCAGGAGGCAGCACCUUAACUUUGCGCUGAUGAAAAAGCAACAGAACGAUGCUGUAGCGCACACACACACACACUCUAUGAGCGCUUCUCUUCCAAAGUCACAAAGAAGCUGUGAGUGCUCAGGCGUCCUUCUGACUCCUCUGAACAGAAAAAGCUCUAGAUCUCACUGCAGAACUGGUCAUGCUCUGACUCCCCUGAACAGGAGGCCUGUACCUGAACGUAGACGUCAAACACCUGACUCAGAGAGACGAGGGAGUACAACAGAAGAGCCGUCACACACCAGCUCAGACCACUGUUCCUCUAGGAGAAAGAGGCAGGACUUCAGCCGCGAGGAGGUUCAUUACCUUCUGACUGGGGUAAAGAAACAUGGCUUCUCCUGGAACACCAUCCUGUGGUCGUAUCCCUUCCAACCUGGACGCACCAACACUGAUCUGGCCAAGAAAUUCAGAAGGCUGAUGGUAAAGUGAAAGUCUAGAAGCGAGAAAAGUAACGCUGAAGAGGGAGGUGUUCCUUAGUCCUGAGGUCCUGGUCUUCACUUGGAUUCAUCUCAUCUGUUCCUCUUUUAAAAAGCCCUACAGCCGCGAUAUGUUCAACCACAUCUAUUUAUUAGACUUUUUAACCUUUUGUUCGACAUAAAAUGCUGGAUUUGGUCAGUAUAUUUAUUAAGUAUUUAUUGGUAUUUAGUAAUAUUUGUAUGAUCUGUCAGUUAAAGACAUGUUUGUUUAAGCUGGACGGUUUCGUUUCAGAGAAAACUGAAAAGCUUUCACAUGUGUGGACUUUAGAUUUACAACUUUAUUAAAAGAAGGUUGAAGUUAGCUUCUCUUUUCUUGUCUGUGACCAAAAAACAUGUUUGUCACAAAUCCCCGAAGAGACAAUAAAACUCUUUUUGCUUCGAGCCUUAAAAUAAAAAAAUUUGAUCUCACGGAAGCAAA